AGACUUUUCUACCAAAACGGUGACGACGGAGAAAGAAAAACUUGCUCAUCUUUCCUUGAAUCGAUAUUAAAGAUCCUACCUGUUUCAUUGACCCAACAAGCUCGAACAUGGCGGAGUGGAAUUACUAGAAUAUUCGUCUCCCUUCUUACCCUCCUGCUCCCCAAAUCGGCCGCCGGCGACGGUAAAUCCCAAGAACAUUCCGGCUACGCCACCAUGAGCACCAACCCAUCACGGGAGGACGACCGCCCCGGCAACGAACCGGACCGAGACGAAGAGUCCAAUACUCUAUUACCGCCUCCCCAAGCCCCGCCCUCGCCCUCGCCCUCGCCCAACCACGCCGAUGACGAGGACGAAGAAGAAUACGAGGUCGCGUUCCAGUCCCGAGAAAAGAUCCUCAUCGUCGACGUGGAAUCCACGGACGUCACGGGGACGGCGACCCCGCCCUUCUCGUGGAAGAAGCUGUGGCUGUUCACGGGUCCGGGUUUCUUGAUGAGCAUAGCCUUCCUGGAUCCAGGCAACCUGGAGGGCGAUCUGCAGGCGGGCGCUAUUGCUGGGUACUCGCUCCUGUGGCUCCUCAUGUGGGCCACGGUCAUGGGUCUGCUGAUCCAGUUGUUGUCUGCCCGGAUUGGAGUCGCGACGGGCCGGCACCUGGCGGAGCUGUGCCGGGAGGAGUACCCUGAUUGGGCGAGGUUGGUGCUAUGGUUCAUGGCGGAGGUGGCUUUGAUCGGGGCUGACAUACAGGAGGUUAUUGGGAGUGCUAUUGCCAUUCAGAUUCUGAGUAAUGGGCACUUGCCGCUUUGGGCUGGAGUCCUAAUUACAGCCUCGGAUUGUUUCAUGUUCUUGUUUCUGGAGAACUACGGAGUGAGAAAAUUGGAGGCUCUUUUUGCCGUGCUCAUUGGAACCAUGGCUCUGUCAUUUGCCUGGAUGUUUGGUGACACACAGCCCAGUGGCAAAGAGCUUUUAGCCGGUCUUUUGAUUCCAAGACUUGGCUCUAAAACAAUUCGUCAAGCUGUGGGAGUUGUGGGUUGCGUCAUAAUGCCUCACAAUGUAUUUCUGCACUCAGCUCUGGUCCAGUCUAGGAAAAUUAAUCCUGAGAAGAAGGGCAGCGUUCAAGAGGCAAUAAAGUACUAUUCAAUUGAGUCGUCUGCGGCCCUCCUAGUCUCAUUUAUGAUCAACUUGUUUGUCACAACAGUUUUUGCCAAAGGAUUUUAUGGUACUAAACAGGCACAAAAAAUAGGACUUGUAAACGCAGGUCAAUAUCUUGAAGAAAAAUAUGGGGGAGGAAUCUUUCCUAUUCUUUAUAUUUGGGGCAUCGGGUUACUGGCAGCGGGACAGAGCAGCACAAUUACUGGAACAUAUGCUGGGCAGUUUAUCAUGGGUGGUUUCCUUAACCUUCGUUUGAAGAAAUGGAUGAGGGCAUUGAUCACACGUAGCUUUGCAAUUGUGCCGACUAUCAUAGUAGCUGUUGUUUUUGACACAUCCGAAGCAUCGUUGGAUGUUUUGAACGAAUGGCUCAAUGUGCUUCAAUCUAUGCAGAUCCCUUUUGCGCUCAUACCGCUUCUUACAUUAGUAUCAAAGGAACAGGUCAUGGGUAUUUUUAAGAUUGGACUGACUCUUCAGAGAGUGGCAUGGUCUGUGGCGUCACUGGUGAUGAUGAUCAACGGGUACCUGUUGUUGGAUUUCUUCAUUUCCGAAGUUAAGGGAAUGCUGUUUGGUUCUAUUGUGUUUAGCAUAACCGCUGCGUACAUAGCAUUCAUCGUAUACCUCAUUCCGCGAGAUGGAUCGCUCUCAGUGCUGUGGAAGAGCUUUGCCUGAUGACAUCCACAUCUUGGCCCUCUGCCCUAUUAGACAAGUUUUGAUCGAUGAAAGAUCUGUGGCAGUGCCUGAGUCUGCGGAUUCUGGCAGACACGCUUGAUCUUACAAGAUGGUACACAAUUGGGGGUGAAAUGAUGAGUUCAUUGGGGUGUCCCUUUCAAAAUGAAGCAAUCCAAGGUUAACUGAAUUUUUUGCACGGCGCUCUGACUUCAUAUGCAACCCGAUGCAGGAUUUCCUUCCUCCACUUUACCCUGAUCAUGCUAUCUCUCGGAGACUCGCAACCGCGAGGUGAUCUGUUUGUUUUGUGAAGUCUGAUUUGCUUUUAAGUUUCUUUAGAGCAAGCUGGUCACUCAUUCUUCUUCUUCUUUCUUUUUCUUUAUUGGUCAUAUGAGCUGUGUAUCAUAGUCAAAUAUCUGACUUUUGCUAAAGGUAAAAAAUACCGUCAUUCCCCUCCUCCCUCACUCGGAUGACCAAGCCGUUUUUCACAUAUUCACUUGAAGUAGAGUAAUGACUAAACCAUCAAUAUGGUCACCGCAGUUGGAUGGUCUAUCGUUAGCGGGUAACUUGUUCUCGUUGACGUGCAA